AUGUCUGAUAACAAGUUCCUGAGUACCAAGACCGUGUCUAUUGUUGGUGUACCUUUCAGUGGUGGUCAGCCCCGUGGUGGUGUUGAAGAAGGUCCUCUUCGUCUGGUCGAGUUUGGUCUGUUGAACCAGAUCCAGGAAAUGGGUUGGAAGGUCGAUUACGAAGGCAACAACAACAUCUCCUCUCUCCGUCCCAACCAAGAUCCCGAUGUCCUUAAUCUCAAGCAGCCAAAGUAUGUCUCGAAUGUCACACACGCUGUCGCCAAGCAGAUUGAAGAACGGGCCCGUCAGAACAAGUUUGUCCUGACCUUGGGCGGUGACCACUCGGUUGCACUAGCUACUGUUACUGGAGUGUUUUCGGUUUAUCCCAACGCCUGUCUUAUCUGGGUCGAUGCUCAUGCAGAUAUCAAUACUCCAGCUACCACAGAUUCGGGUAAUAUUCAUGGCUGCCCUGUCAGUUUCUUGACCGGAAUUGCUGGUAGUCACCCUGAUUUUGCAUGGGUCAAGCCUUUGCUCAAGACCAACCGGCUAGUAUACAUCGGUCUUCGGGACGUAGAUGCAGCUGAAAAGAAGAUCCUCAGGGACUAUAAAAUCAAGGCAUUUUCUAUGCACCAUGUUGACCGCUAUGGUAUUGGCAACAUUGUUGAAAUGGCCCUGGAUCAUGUCAACCCCAAAAGAGAUCUUCCUAUUCACUUGACUUUUGAUGUCGAUGCCCUGGAUCCCUCUGUUGCACCUAGCACAGGUACACCUGUACGUGGUGGACUUACUUUCCGAGAAGGACAUUAUAUUUGCGAGGCUUUGGCAGAGACAGGAUUGUUGGUGGCCGCAGACAUUAUGGAAGUUAAUCCGGCAUUGGAAAGUGAAAUGGAAGUUUUCCAAACUAUUCAAGUCGGCUGUUCUCUUGCACGCUGUUGCCUAGGUGAAUCCCUCUUGUAAAGACACAUAUUUAUAUUUGUUUUAUUACUAUUCAUAUAACUAUUACUAUCAUUACAAUUCCUGUUAUUCUUAUUCUCUUAUGAUCAGGUUUCUUUUCACUCCUUUUCUCAAUUGUCUUUCUUUCUUUCUUUUCUUUUUAUGUAAAUAAUUCCCAACAAACAACCAUAUAUAUAUAUAUAUAUAUAUCUAUUAAAGAAGAAACUAUAAAAUAUAUUUCAAUAUUGAAACAAAA